AUGGAUCAAGUCUUUGCAUCAACGCCAGACGGUUUGCAACGCCGGCCCUAUCGUUCAAAGAGGAACCGGCCGUGCAUGCUUUGUCGUGCGCGCAAGACGUCAUGUCGACGUGCGGACAAUGACAUCUCGUGUAUAACAUGCCGCAAAAGGGGCCAGCGCUGCAGCUUCCUCAAUGACAUCGCGCCAGAGGCGAGACCCGCCGGUCUGCCGAGCGGGAGUGCUGAUGAUGGCCACGGGCUGGAUAGCAUGGGACAGCCCGGGGACGGCUUCAGCACAUCGAUACUGCCGGAGAAUGUGGUCAAUGACGCUGGGCUAGGGUUCCCCGAUCACCGAAUGAAUGACGGCUUCCCGCACUACUCUGUGGACAUGGAGGCCAUGUACGGGGGCUUUACGGAUGCAAGGAUAUGGAGCAGUCCGCCGCUUGAAGAACCGCAGUCUGUGAAUGCAGCGCUUGGAUCCGACCUGAUGCACUCCGAUGAGGAAAUCUUCGAAGCACGCGAGCGAGUCGCUUCACUGCCCGUCCCAGAAGCUUUAGAGCCCAGCCUGAAUCGUCCAGAGAAGGCGCCGCAAACGGAGAUUAGCUUCUCCAAUGGAGCUAAAUCUACUCCGAGACUGCCGAUUGACCGUAGCAGUGCAGCUACUUUCAGCAUUGACCAAAGACCUGACUUUCAGAGCACAUACUUUGGGCUCUCAGGAGAGUCGGACCCGUACCUGCUACGGCAUUACCUGUACAAUGACGCGGAUGAGUUUCCCUUUCUCCGAGUCAUAUACCGAAGGACCCAGCACGGCACCAUACCUCGUGACCAGCUUUCGGUCACGGAACACCCCGCGGCUACAGCUCAGGACAGCAGCCAUGUACCUGUGCAGUUCCUCCUAACUUCGAAUGAGCUUGGUGACGAACUGAGGCGCCUUGGGCCCACAAAUCACCUAUAUGAUCAUGAAUCGGUCAGGGAAGAGCUGAAUAACCUCGUCAAUGAAGAGAUUGGGCAGAGGCUAGUCUUGUUAUUUGUCCAAUACGUCUUCCCAGCAUUCCCCGUUAUCUCUCGCUCGCGACUAGCAACCGCGCUUGGUGACUAUUACGAGUCCUCUUCCACGAGAGCUGCUCCAUUGCCAAGUUAUCUCCUGGCUGCCAUAUAUGCUUCCGCGCUUCCUUUCACGGCUUAUGACGACAUUCUGUGCGUCUCCAGCGUCUACAAAAAGCCCCCUGCCGAAAAACUAUGGCAGAUGGUGUAUGAUGGUGUCCAGACAGACCUUCAUACACCGCGAUUGGCCACGAUCUCGGCGGCACUACUGUAUCUUCACCGGCCCCGAGUUGGAGUUCAGCACGUCUCGGCCGACAACUCCUUCGCCUGGUCUUUGAUGACCUCGAUUGUCGGCCUGGUCGCGAGUCUGGCGUUGCACUUGGACUGCAGAUCAUGGUCCAUCCCGCCGUGGGAAAAGCGCCUAAGACGUCGUCUGUGGUGGAUGACCUUUUCCGAAGCUACGUGGAGAAGCCUUUUGUUGGGGAGACCUUCAGUUAUCUCUCCAGACCAAUGGAACGUCUCGGAGCUCACAUUUGCGGACUUUGAGUUCGAGGACAAUCCUUCUCUCGAUGAGGAGAUUUCAGCAUCGAAUGACUUUGCUGCAAAGCUGCGACGCGCAAUGUCAGAGUCCGACGGUGGCACGAUGUCGCAAAAGCUCGCGACAUUGGCAACCAUUGCCGACAACAUCUAUAGAUGUCUUUACACGAUACGGGCAACCGCGAAGCUCGCCAACGACCUUUCCGGUUCCAUCAGGGCUAUUAGGCCUCUUCGCGAGGAGUUAAAGUCAUGGUAUGCCAGUCUCCCCGUCCAUUUGAAGACCCCGAGGGCGGACCCUGAGCGGGCAGCCCCCGCUGCACCAAGCUCAGUGGCGUGCCUGAAGUUUGCCUACCUCACUCUCGAGAUACUGCUCUACCGCGCUUUGUUACGGCCGCUUGGGAACAUUGAUUUGGAAGAUGCCUCGAUAAACACACCCCGAACAGACCAGUUUAUAUCAGGCUUUCUCGCAGAGGGAUCUUGUAAUGACUCGGAUUCGAACAUGGCUGGACAGAUGUCACAUGAUAGCCUGCGAAACGAAGUUGAACUGAUCAUUUGCGCCGCCGAAAAUUGCGCGAGGAUUGUCAGUACCUUCACCGUGGAGCUAAUGUCAUGGGACUUCGCCGGCUUCUGGUACUCCUGGUCGCGUAUCGGCUGGGCAAUCACUUCAAGCUUCCUCGCCCUGCUCUUUGUCCAAUCACCGAGCGUGGAGCACGCAAAGACGUGCAAGACGCUCAUCGACAAGUGGAGGCAGAUACUGCGGCAUCAAUCGCAGAGCUUUGAAGAUAUGAGCCUUGGGAUUCUUCGACUAGACGCGAUGUACUGGUCGGACAUGAACAAAAUAUUCAGGAUCAACAGACACGUAGCGCAAGUCAUCAAGGAAUCAACAUGA